AUGAACAUUUUUCCUGAUUCGUCGAUGACCGAUGUUAAAGAAGAAUAUAGUGUUCAAAUAUUUGUACACAACAAGAAACAGCGUAAACGAAAGUGUUAUGGUUGUCGUGUAUAUGGACACUAUCGUGAUGAAUGUCCCAUGAGGCAGUUGCAAGCAAAUUCAACAGAAGAUGUACGAAUACCACCAAAUAUUAAAUUAGAACAUGAACAGGCAAUUCUGAACACAACGACCACUUUAAAUUAUCCUACAUGUGAACCAAAUAGCAAAUACUCUCAACCACGCACAUUAUUUGUUAUAAAAAAAAAUAAUGCAAAGAGUGAUGUACAAAUUUAUAAAACAAUAAUUAUGGAGGAGUUUUGUGUACCACAAAAUGAAUACAAGAAAAAAUUGAAACUUUUACUUGAUGAAGCGGGUACCACUGUUGAACUGUAA